AAAAAGCCCAGAAGUUCCCGACACUGUUUGACGUUUGAUUUGAAGAGCGACAACAUGGUCUCACUCACUCACUGAGUUCAAAUAUGCCCAUUACCACAGCUUUGGCUCUCUUUCUUCUUCUAUUGGGCUUUGCCGGCGGAGACGCUCCGUCGCGGGAGGUGUGGUGCGCGGCCAAGAACAACGCCGAGGACGCGUCGCUACAAGCGGCGGUGCAGUGGGCCUGCGGUGCCGGCGGAGCUGAUUGCGGAGCCAUCCAAGAAGGAGGACCCUGCUACGACCCCUCCAAUGUGCAGAAUACGGCGUCGUAUGCUUUCAACGAUUAUUUCCGCAAACACACCAUUUCCGAAGACAAUUGCAACUUCGAUAAUAACGCCGCCAUUACCUCCUUCAACCCCAGUUACGGGAAUUGCCGGCUUCCUUCUAGUUCGUUGGUGAACAAUGGGAGUUUCUCCGGAUCGGAAUCAUCUAUGGGAUUGAUGCCCGGUGCAGACACGAGUGGGUGCGGUGAAGUUGUUCUGAGGUGGUGGUUUUGGCCAUUUAUUGUAACCACUCAUUUCUUGUCUAUAGUUUCAGUAUCACGGGUUGUUUUUGGAUAAUAAUGUGUGGGACUUUUAUUUAUGUAUUGUUAUGCUCUAGUGCCAGUGGCAGACACUUGUAGCUUUGCUAGCAAAGUGUUGAUUGAGAAAUUAAAAUCUGAUUAAAUGGAAGGUUGUGUUCUGUUCUCUCUGCUGAAA